AUGGAAGUGGACGGGUGCGAAAGUUGGAAUAGCAAUGCACCAGAAAUAGCUAAGUUCGCCAACUUGAAAGCCUUUGUGACUGCGGCUCGUGAAUUUGAGGCAACGCACAGUGAAUCUGCCAUAAAUUUAAUGACUCGUUACCUAGGAUUGAUCGCUUCAUCAUGUGACCUUUCAAUAUUUUCUCCUGGUCGGUCGGAAGUGUGCGCAUUCUUCAGCUCUUUAUGGCGAGUGAUGAGCGACUCAAGGGGUCCACAUUGGGCUGGAGUGGCUGUCCUGGCGCGUGCUGCUAUUGAGCCUAGUGCCAGAUACGCUCUCACUCACACAUACAAAUUCAUGCCAAUCUUAGCACGUCUACUGUCUAAUGUUAUAUCAAAUGAUAAAAAAAUAAAGCUUUUAUCUGUUAUGCAGGACAUCUCUUAUGGUAUCAAAAUAAGUUGGCAAGAGUCCUAUCUUACCGAACUCAUGAAACAAUUGACUGAUUGGAUAGUCCAGCCCAUGAUGGAGCCCCAACACCGUACCAUUGGGCAUAAGUCUUUAACUGUUCUUGUCAAUGUGUGCUAUGGAAAUCUACCAGCAAUUUAUGCACUCAUGCGUACUGUGGACACUAAGGAGUUUGUUGUACAUCUAAUCAAUUUGAAGGAUGGUGGGUAUGGAGGCGUAGAGGUGUGCAGACUUCUCCUGUGCCUGUCUGGGGCUACCCGCGGGGCAGCCGCCACGAGGCCCACAGAUGUACACAGCUACCUUUGCUGUACAAUGAGGACAUUUAAGAAAGCCAUUAUCGAUAGAGACGCCACGCAGUUGCUCCACGCGUACACCUUCAUCAAUGACUUGUGCGCGGACAACAAUUUGCGGGGCUACGUUUUGACAUAUCCCAACUUUAACUCUGCGCUGAACGACACUUUGAAGGACACUGAGGACUUAUGCAUCUCCACUGCCGACGAUACGGGUGAACCGGAGAAUACCGGCAGUUGCCUUCAAAAUACUCUAAGGUUUCUCACCGUUUUGGUCAAUUUAGACCUGUAUACACUGAGAUGCCACCAUUGUCAGAUGAUAUGUCUAUGCAUUAAAGCCAGCCGGAUAUGUUUGCCCGAGUCGCUUGAACUGUUUGCUGCAAUUAUAUCACAAUACAGAGAGGAGGGUCGUUUGCCACAAGAGCUGAUAUCGGUGGUCAAUGAUGGCUUGCCCGGUUUGUUAGUGCCGCCUGCUUUAGAGCCGGGGAAGUCGGGAUUGCAGUGGUUACAAGUGUUGGGAGCGUUAUGCGAAUCGAGCGAGACUCAGGAGUGUGUUAUGCAAGAGGUGACACCAGACUCGUUUGAGGACACCCUAUAUAGCGUACUUCAGUACACGUCACAGAAUGGUCCAGUGGGUGUCGAGGCGUCCCAGCAAGCGGUGAUUGUGAGCUGCCGCACCGCAUUGACCCUGGCUCCGCUGUCCAGAGAGUGGGAGGCUGCGUUGAACAGGCUACUGGCACACCACCAAGUUCGCAAAUUGCUCUGCGGCUGCUUAACAAGUAAUAACGGUGUAAGAAGAAAACAAGUGUUGCAACUAGUCAAGCAUCAUUACUUUCCGUCCGAUCAAAUGAACCAGGUGUUUGGAGACACCCUACACAAUGUGUCCGACACGAGUGUGGACAGCCUCUCACCGCGGGCUGAGACUGAGACGGAGGUCUCUUGGGUUGCCCAACGUCUCACACCAGGCCAAGAGCAUGCCAUAGACGCUCUUAUAUCAAAGCUGAAUGACGCACUGCACAGUGACAAGAUUUCAGAUAUAGCGACGUCCAGUGUGAUGGAGCUGUAUGGAUAUAAAAUGUCCUGUCUGGAACAGAGACUGCAUUCACAUUCUGUUGCAUUGCAGGGGGCAACAGAUCAUAUGGCGUCACUCCAACAUGCGCUGGCAUUAUUACAAGCAACGAAUUCUUCUCAACAAGAUGUUUUGUAUACAACACAAAUGCAAAAUGAGAAGCACAGAAAGACUAUAGAGGAUCUCCACAAGCAGCUAGAAGACGCUGAGGUCACCCUUCGCGGUUUCCGAGCGAAACUCGCCGCCGAAAGACUUGAUAAGGAGAACCAGAAAGACAAUUUGCGGAAAGAGUUCAGGGCGGAGAUUGCAAACGUCGAGAACGAAAUGAGGCGUCGCGAGAAAGAGGCAGAAGAUAGGCUGAAGCAAGCCGAGGCGGACUAUAAGGCGUUGCAGAAGAAACUGGAGCAGCAGGCGAGCAAGAACAGCGAACUUGCCGGCGUGCUGAUAAAAUUCGAAGAGAGAGUGAAGCAACGCGACAAGAAACUCGAAGAGGCGGCAGCGUCCGACGGCGCCUUGAGAAGGGAGUUGGAGCAAAAAGACAAUGUGAUAAAGCAGCUGGAGAAGACCGUGGUGGAGCGGGAGAACCGCCUUUACCAGGUCACUACGCAGUUGGAGGAGAUGAAACGUGUCCAGGAGAUGGUUGCGAAGCUCAUGAGCAAGAGCUCGUCCACGGCCGCCAGC